AUACCACCGUUCUGCAGUGUUCGACCCCUUGUUUCUUUAUUGUCAGUCUACGAUCUUAAGAUAAGUGAUUGUUAUGAUUUGAUGGAAAAAAAUCCGGGGGACACAAGGAACGGUAAAACAUAACUUGCAAUUAUAUUUCAGAUAUUAAAUUUGCUAGCACAUUCACUUGAGAGUGACGUAGAUUAUUUUCUUUUUCCACCAGAAUUUCCUGAAAUAAACAAGUUGUUUAAUCUACUGACUGGAAUGAUGUUGGGUUUGGUUGAAGCACAUGAGACAGCUAGCGAGAGUUAUAAGAAGUCAUUUACUGAAAGAAUCCAGAAAAAAAAACGUCAAACUGGUUUCAUCAUCUGACAGCAUUCUUCCAAUUCCAACAUUUUAUCAAAUUACAACCAGUGAAUACUAUGCCAAGGUCGAUGAAAUGUACAAACUUCUGAGAACACAUAAAUAUAUUCACAAAGAACUUCAGCGACAACAAGAGGAAUUUCAUACUGUAAAUGGAUUUAAAGCCAAGCUGCCAGAUAUACAGUUUGUUAGUUACAAAUUAGCUAUGCAGAUGAUGAAGGAACAACCAUCUGAAGCGUCAAACGAACAACGCAAUAACAAUAACGCCAGAUGUCAAGACAACCAGUUUGGUUUUUUAAUCAACACUUAUGUAAAGACAAAAGACUUGUCAGAGAAAACAAACGAGUGCUUUGUCAAAGUUAAGGAAGGGAUGGUCGUAAAGUUGAAGGUCGCUACAGACAAUUCAGAAGUUGCCUUUGGGUGGUAUAAGACAAACCCAUGGAAUCAAAAGAAAUGGGGAUUCUUUCGCAAAUCUACAGAGAAAAUGAUGUAAACAUAAACAUUAUGAAGAUAUUGACCUUAUUGGUUUAUUUAUAAAUGAUUACACAUUCAAGUUUUCUUCGAUCAUGUUUCAGUAAUGAUGUGGGAGUGAAUCGUGUGUCGGUCUGUGUGAAUGAGUGAGAGAUCCUGUGUUCCAGUUAGUCUCGAUGCACCAGAGUUAUCGUUCUUACAGCAAACAAUAACGACUCUACAUAUAUAUGCAUAUGGAGCGUCUGGAUUAUCGAGACUAUGUUCCAGUGAGAGAGGGAGUGAUUGUGAGAGCAUGUUUGUCUAUGCAAGUUGGAGCGAACAUGUCUGUGUAAGUGGAUCUUGCGAAAGAGUGUGUGUAUUUGUGUGUGUGUGACAUGAGGGAAACGAGAGAGAAUGGGUAGAUGUAUUGUUGUUUGUGUUGUAUGACAGGUUUUAAUAUAUUGUGAGUUUAUAUUAGAUGAUAAUUAAAUAUUUAUUUUGUG